AUGGAUAAUUGUCCUAAAUGUAAUAUAAAAAAUAAGUAUCCUUAUUGUUGUCAUCUAUGUCUUCCCUCGUAUUUUCAAGACGAGUUUUCUAAUUGGUCAUGUGGUAACCAAACGAUAGACAAAUGUAUUCAAGACAUUCAACUUGAUGCAACUGAAUGGUGCCAGUAUUUAGAAUGGAUUCCAUACGAAAGACUAGUCAAUGUUCAUUAUUUAGCAAAAGGAGGAUACGGGAAAGUGUAUUCUGCGAUAUGGUUGGACGGGCCGAAAACCUUUGAUCGAGAUAAGAUCGAAAUUUUUUCUAGAAAAGAGAAUCAUCCUGUUGCUCUUAAAAGUAUUAAUCAAUUGGGACUAAAUAUGGAAGAAUGGUUUUCUGAGGCAAGCAAAUCGUUUGGAAAUAAAAUGUUAUGGAAAACUAAACUUUAUCUUCUCGUGAGAAUGUCAAUUGCUCUUUUCACAAUACAUCGAGCUAGUCUGGUUCAUCGUGAUCUACAUAAUGGCAAUAUAAUGUUGGAUGAUGAUGAUGAGGAUUCUUCUACAAUUCUCGUACCUAUGAUAAGGGUAGACGAUUUUGAAGAAUCCGAUAUACUAGGAUUUUGUGAUAGAAUUAAGUCUAAAAAUUCAAAUAAACUAAUUUCAAAAUUACAUGAUAAGGCUGUUUAUACUAGUAGGCUUAUGGAUUUUGGAAAUCUAGACUCGAUCAAAGGGACAGAUAGAGAUGUUAGGUUUACACUAAAUGACGGCCUGGAAAGAUCCAAGAUUGAUGAAGCAAAGAACAAUCCUUUAGCUAUUCCAGCUCGGAUAUUGGUGAUGCAUGCAGCAGAAGAGAGACAGAAGUUAGGAUUUGCACUUUAUUCAUUUUUUGAAGGAUCUGAUUUGAUUGCAGAAAUUUGUCAUCAAGCUGAGGCCUUGGGAGGGUUCACAUACGCACAAAAUGCCGCAGAUUAUUUCGUUAAAUCACUUCCUGGACUUCCUGACAACCAAGACUUAUUGAAAACUCAUGCAGGACAUAUUAAAAUUAAUAAAGAGACAAAUACCAAUAUAUUCUUUUGGUUGUUUCAUAAUAAACAUAUUGCUGAUAAAUCAAGAUUGAUCAUUUGGCUUAAUGGAGGCCCUGGAUGUAUGGACGGAGUAUUUCUUGAAAAUGGACCCUGGAGAAUGAAUUCUGAUCAAACACUGAACUCGACUAGCAGUUCAUGGAAUGAAUAUGCGAACGUAUUAUAUGUUGAUCAACCUGCUGGAACUGGAUUCAGUUUUGCAGAUAGUAAUAAUUAUUUAACAAAUAUUACGCAGAUUCCAACUCAAUUUUUGCUUUUUUUGGAUAAAUUUUUUGAAAUAUUUCCUGAAUUUUCUCAAGAUGAAGUUUAUUUAACUGGUGAAAGUUAUGCGGGGACCUUUAUACCUUAUAUUGCAAAAGCCAUUAUAGAUCGCAUCGCAAUUGGUAAUGGAUGGAUAGAUCCAGUUAGUCAGUAUAAUGCUUAUUACACAUUUGCCGUGGAAAAAAAUCUUUUAGAUAGUGAACAUAAGACUCUUGCAGAAAAGCAAUUGGAAACAUGUAAGGGUAUGUUGAAUAAACAAGUACAAAUACAUUUAGAUUCUUGUGAAGAUAUUCUUUCAACAGUAUUAGAAAGUUCACGCCGAAGUAGGAGUGGCAAUGAUGACAAUUGUAUUAAUCAAUAUGAUAUUAGAGAUUAUACUGAUACUUUUCCGUCAUGUGGAAUAAAUUGGCCAUAUGAACUAACAACAAUUAGAUCAUAUUUAAGAAGAACGGAUGUUGUUGGAGCAAUUCAUGCAGACUCCCAACAACUUGGAUGGGUUGAAUGUAAUGGGGGUGUUGGACGUCUAUUCAACGACGAUCUGUUGCCAGAUCUUUUGAAAAAUAUUAACGUAUUAUUAUACAAUGGUGAUCAAGAUUUCGUUUGCAAUGUAAAUGGAAUAAGAGAUAUGAUAAGCAAUUUGGAGUGGAAUGGAUCUAAAGGAUUUAUGAAUAAUACAGCGAAACCUUGGUAUAUUAAUGAUGAAAUUGUCGGUGAGGUGACAAGUGAAAGAAAUCUUACAUAUGCAGUUAUAUAUAAAGCAAGUCAUAUGGUACCAUAUGAUGCACCAGUUCAAAAUAAUCCUACCGAAGAUAAUACAAAAGAUUGGGACAAAUAUUAUAACGCUGGAACUGCUACACUUAUAAUUGUAAUAAUUGGUGUUGUUGGUUUAGUAAUCUGGGUAUUUAGAGGAAAACUUAUUAGGCGUAGAAGAACUACAACUAGUCAAGCAAUGAAAGCUGCUGUCGAAGCUGAAAAUAACGAAAUGGAAUUGGUUAUAGAGACACCACUAUUCCAAUCAGAUGAUGUUGAUCAUUUUGGUGAUAGUGACGAAGAAAAUGAAGAAGGUAAACAAAGUCGACAAUCAUCAGAUCAACUACAACAAAACAUUAGAGAAAGAAGUCAAAAUACCAGAUAUCGAGAUAUUGAUAGUGAAAAUAAUUCAGAAGAAAGAGUUAGAUUAAGAGAUAGUGAAGACCAUUAA